CAUUCCAAUCAUAUCGUUUGUAACUCUAAACGGGCCACUAUCGCUGAAACAAACAAAGCUUCUCCUUCGAAAAGGAUAACUAUCGAAAUGAAAUUUCUCACUUUGUGCUUGGUGUUCGUGCUGUUUGUAGCACUUUUCGUUGAUACUUAUGGUAGUCCUGAUGAGUUGGGAAGCAUCGCCAAUUUAGAAGUGGUUGAGGAGCCUCUAUCGUUGUUGGAUGUCGUUGAGCAGGGACAUGAAAAUGAAGGCGAUCGUUUGACGCGUGGAUAUCGAGGUGACUAUCGUGGUGGAUAUCGUGGCGGAUACCAUGGGGGCUAUCAUCAUGGGCAUCGCGGUGGUCAUCGUGGUCAUUACUAUCACUAAAUUGCUGAAAGGAUUAUCUAAAAACGGAGUCUCUAGCUAGUGAAAUAUCUGUUAAUAGCUUCUGAUUGAAUUGUGAAAAUUGUAAGCGAGUGACUUUUAUGGAAUACUUAAAGAUAUUAAUAAAUACACGGAGUGGAUUUUAAAACCAA